CUGGGGAGAGUCUUCAGCUUUGUACAUCUGAGCAUUCAGGAGUUCCUUGCUGCUCUGUAUGCAUUUUUCAACAAAAAGGUUCCGAGUCAACAAGUCAGUGAACAGCCAACCAGAAAACUCUCCAAGAUUUUCAGCAAAACAACGAUGGCUGACUUCCUCAAAAGUGCUGUGGACAGAGCCUUACAGAGUAAGAGUGGACGCCUGGACCUUUUUCUUCGUUUCCUUCUGGGUCUCUCACUGGAGUGUAAUCUGACUCUCUUACAAAGCAUCCUGAAACCCACAGAAAAGAUCUCCUACAACAAUGAGGAAACAGUCAGGUACAUCAAGGAGAAGAUUAAGGAGAACACCUCUCCAGAGAAAUCCAUCAAUCUGUUCCAUUGCUUGAAUGAACUGAAUGAUCACUCUUUAGUGCAGGAAGUGCAGAGAUACAUAAACAGAGGUGGCGACCAUCGUCUCCGGCAUGCCAGGCUCUCUCCUGCUCAGUGGUCAGCUCUGUUGUUUGUGUUGCAGAACUCAGAACAGGAGCUGGAUGAGUUUGACCUCAGUAAAUAUGACCCAUCUGAGGAGUGCUUUCUGAUGCUGCUGUCAGUAGUCAAAGCAUCCAGAAGAGCUGUACUAGCAUCAUGUCAUCUUGGAGUAAAGACAUGUGAAGAACUGGCAUCUAUUUUCAACUUGGAAAACUCCUCACUGAAAGAGCUGGACAUCAGUAACAAUGACCUGCAGGAUUUAGGAGUGGAACAGCUCUCUGCUGGACUGAAGAGUUCACACUGUAAACUGCAGAUUCUCAGAUUAUCUGGUUGUAUGGUUACAGAGGAAGGAUGUUCCUCUCUGGAUUCAGCUCUGAGUUCAAACCCAUCCUACCUGAAAGAGCUGGACCUGAACUACAACCAUCCAGGAACGUCAGGAGUAAAACUGCUCCUUGACAGACUUCACAAUCCACAAAGCAAACUGGAGACACUUGGAAUUAAACAUGGAGGCAAAAGCAGAAUCAAACCUGGACUAAAGAAAUAUUGCUGUGAUCUAACGCUGGACCAGAACACAGCACACACUCAUCUUUCUCUGAGUCAGGGGAACAGGAGGGUGGAGUGUGGAGAGUAUCAGCCCUAUCCUGAUCAUCCAGAGAGGUUUGAUGUGUACCAGCAGGUGAUGAGUAGAGAGAAUCUGUUACUGGGAGGCUGAGUGGAGCGGCAAGAGGGUGAUCGUAGCUGUGAGUUAUAAAACCAUCAGCAGGAAAGGAGAGAAAUCAGACUGUGGGUUUGAC